AUGGGAAUCUUAAAGGUUCCGCUGGUGGAUGCUCCAGUCGUGGGAUUGCAUUCAGGAGCGGUCUUAUCAGAGGAUGGAGACAACAUCCUCAAGGAUCCAGUGGAUAGAAAAAAUGAAACUGUACUCGAAAGAUCACAUGAGGCAGCAUCCUUAGCUAUCAGAGCCUCUGCGGUGCUUCCUAAUUUUACUAGGGCCAUUGUCAUCUGGGCAGACAACUUGUUGCGACAUCUGGAAUUGGACCCUCUUGCCUUAAAGAGAUCUCUUUUGAAGACUAAGAGGGCGGCCCAGUUUGCUGUCGAUGCCUCCCAGGACAGAGUGCGAUUUGCUGCCAGAUCACAAGCUGCUGAUGUAGUAGAACUUCCUCACGCUUUACAGACGCAUCAGAGAACCCACACAAGAGAGAAGCCUUUUGAGUGCUCAGUGUGUGGAAAAAGAUUCAAUCGGAGUGGCAAUCUUCAAGAGCAUCAGAGGACACACACAGGGGAGAAGCCUUUUGAAUGCUCCGAGUGUGGAAAGAGAUUCAGUCGGAGUGGCAGUCUUCGAGAGCAUCAGAGAACCCACACAGGUGAGAAGCCUUUUGAAUGCUCUGAGUGUGGAAAGAGAUUUAGUACGAGUGGCAGUCUUCGGUAUCACCAGAAGACCCACACAGGAGAGAAGACUUUUGAAUGCUCAGUGUGUGGGAAAAGAUUCAGUCGGAGUGGCAGUCUUCAAUAUCAUCAGAGAACCCACAUAGGGGAGAAGCCUUUUGAAUGCUCGGAGUGUGGAAAGAUACUUAUUUCGAGUGGCAGUCUUCAGUAUCAUCAGAGAACCCACACAGGGGAGAAGCCUUUUGAAUGCUCAGUGUGUGGAAAGAGAUUCAGUCGGAGUGGCAAUCUUCAACAGCAUCAGAGAGUCCAUACAGGAGAGAAGCCUUUUGAAUGCUCAGUGUGUGGAAAGAGAUUCAGUCAGAGUGGCCAUGUUCAACAGCAUCAGAGAACCCACACAGGGGAGAAACCUUUUGAGUGCUCAGAGUGUGGAAAGAGAUUUAGUACGAGUGCCAAUCUUCAAAAGCAUCAGAGAACCCACACAGGAGAGAAGCCAUUUGAAUGCUCAGAGUGUGGAAAGAGAUUCAGUGAGAGUGGCCAUCUUCAAAGGCAUCAGAGAACCCACACAGGAGAGAAGCCUUUUGAAUGCUCAGUGUGUGGAAAGAGAUUCAAUUGUAGUGGCAGUCUUCAAAAGCAUCAGAGAACCCACACAGGGGAGAAACCUUUUGAGUGCUCAGAGUGUGGAAACAGAUUCAGUCGGAGUGGCAGUCUUCGAUAUCAUCAGAGGACACACACAGGGGAGAAGCCUUUUGAAUGCUCCGAGUGUGGAAAGAGAUUCAGUCGGAGUGGCAGUCUUCAAGCGCAUCAGAGAACCCACACAGGUGAGAAGCCUUUUGAAUGCUUGGGAUGUGGAAAGACAUUCUGUCAGAGUAGCCAUCUUCAAACACAUCAGAGGACCCACAUAGAGGAGAAUCCUUUUGAAUAA